CCACGAUCAACUACGCGGGGUCGCGCGGGGUCGCGACGUCACCCUAUUUUGCUUCCCCUCUCUAUUUGCACGCAUCUCUCAUUUUCUCUGAGUCGAGAGUCGAGAGUCGAGGGAAGGGGAUCAAAGAACCUAAUCAGCAUUCCUUGACCUGGACUCGGACAAGCGUGGAUUCGACUUGGGCAGAGUCAUUUGGAACAGAGAUCACUAUCAGCUCGUACCUUCUAGCAGACGGAAGAAGGAAACUCAGGCAUCAUGGCAUCCAACUCAGAGCUGGAAAAUAAGCUGCGGCCGAUCUAUGAUGCCAUGGAGGUGGGCAACUAUAGGGAAGGAAUCCAGUUAUGCAACAAGGCACUCAAGAGACAGCCCAACCUGCAUAGCGUCAAGGCGCUCAAAGCGCUGGCAUUUGAGCGGAGCGGAAGGAUGGGCGAAGCGUUGGUGCUGUGCGAAGAAAUCAUGUGGGCAAAACCGAAGGAUGAGGCCACUUUGAGGACGCUGUCUAUGAUCCUCAGAUCCGGAGGCAAAGAUGAGCAGAUGGUUAAGUUGAUCGAGCUAUAUAAGGAGGCGUCAACCGCCAAUCCAAAGAAUGAAAACUUGGCCACACAAUGGUUCAUGUCCCUUGCUCGCAGACUGGACUACAAAGGACAGCAGCAGGUUGCAAUCCACCUUCACAAAACCUUCAAAAGGAGCAACUAUAUGUUCUGGGCGAUCAUGAGCACUACUCUUCAGGGUCAAAACGCACCUGCCGGUCAGUCAACUAUGCUGUAUCAAUUGGCUGAGCGCAUGAUGGCCAAGUUGAAUGCAGAGGGCAAGGUUGAGACCAUCGAGGAACUGCAACUCUAUCUUAUCAUCCUACUUGGGCAAAAGGAUCGUCAUAUUGAUGCGCUGGCCCUCCUAGAAGGCGACAUUGGCGUCAAGACAAAGGCGAUUGAUAAUGUGGAGCUGCGUUACUUGCGCAUUGAGUUGCUUAUCAAAGCUGGACGCUGGAACGAUGGCAGAGAUGCUGCGGUCCAAAUUCUCCAGGAGAUCAACUCGGAUGACUGGAGGACCAUUCUCCAGUAUUUUGACACGAUCUUUCUUCCUGUCCAAGAUGUCGACCUCAAGACCUCUGACAAUCUCAAAGAGGCGCGUACAUUUACUGCUGCGCUGGCUCAGAAUGAGGGCAAAAAUCCUAAGCGAGGUCCCUUUCUCGCGCAGAUCGAGCUGGAAAAGCGAGUCCAGGAAAGGAUUGGCAACAAUAAGGAAACCGUCAUGAACCUUCUUGUGGCAUACUUUGAAAAAUUCGGCUCGAAGACAUGCUGCUUCGAAGACCUCUCGCCCUAUAUCGUAAGCGUGGACAAGGAGGAUGCUCUUGAGUUCUGUAGGAAGUUGAAGGAAUUGUCGGGCGAAAAGGCAGAGACCAUCAAGGAAAUUGCCAUCCAAAUCAACAUUGCGAGGUUUGAGCGCUCAGUGGGCUUGCAGGCCAAGCUUAAUUCUUCUGAAGCCAUGGCUCUUGUCAACAAGUUUUGGAGGCUGUACGAGGAGGCAUUGCCUUUUGGAAAGGAUCUGGAAGAAACUGAGCGCCAAUACGGAGACGAUUACGCAAUCAUGGCUGCCCACCUCCUCAUCGACAUUCACAGGGAUACUAAAUCUUAUUUCCCUCUCCUGAACGCGACUUUCAUGUUGGAGCAUGCAUUGAAUGCAAGCAAGCACAACUACCAGAUAAAGCUUGUGUUGAUCCGCAUCUACGAGCUCCUCGGUGCCUAUAAUUGCGCUAUCAGCACCUACAACACCAUGUCGAUCAAACAUGUGCAGCACGAUACCAUGUCCCACUUUAUCACGGAUCGCGCUACCAACUUUGGAUUGUUCAGUGAGGCGCUGGCACAGAUGUAUAGCGCGCACGAGAUCUACCACAGCAACGAGGCCGAGACACCCGAGAUGAUCUUGCAGGCAUACAAAUACUCGACCUUCUCGAAAAUGCAGGAGUUUAUUGAGUUUCAAUCCAGACUGGAGAACUCGCUGCAAAAGAUGAUUGCGGAUCGGGAGAUGAUUCGACUCGAGUUUUUGAAGGAAGACUCUGUCAGUCGUGCGAUUACCUGGCUUCAGGAGCUCGAGAUCGGCAAUUUGAAGUACGACGCUGCAUUUUGCGAGUCCAGGAUAGAUAACCGCGACACGAGCGUGAUGUUGAACUGGAACCCCAAGGAAUCUGCUUCGGUCGAGGUCCUGACCCGUCCUGCUGCUCAGCUAGACCGUGUCUGGUUGACGCUGUUCACACUUGUGCCACGGAUCCUCAAGCACAUGGCACAUCUUUCACCCAUUGGCGCCGAAUACGAAAAUUUAGUAGCUGCUCUGGAGAAGAUUUUGGCUACUUCUUCCCCCUCUUCUGAGUUGGAGCAUCCUCCAGAACUGACGGCCGAGGAAGUCAAGCUGGCCAAGAUUAUUCACCAUGCUGCCAAGGCCUUUCAGGCUUUGUCUCUGGCGGUCGUGGCCCAGAACAGUAAUAGCCCCACAAAAGAGGAUCCCACCAAGACUGCGGCGACGGUCAAGGAGCAUCUGAACGCUGUGGCAGCACUGCUGAAACGCGAUCCCAUCAAGUCCACGGGCAUACUUUCCUGGCAAACGUUUCACGUGCUGACCAACAUGGUCGAGACGGUCGCGUACCUUAAUGUGGUCAACCAGUGCCUGCUCAACUUGAUUUCUACCAAGGCAAACAAGAAGGCGGCCUUCAAGAGUGUAAACAGUACCAUUCAGGAUUUCAUGGGACAAUGCCGCCAGGCUCUGCAGGCUGUCCAGACUGAUGUUACCGCUUUGAGGAACGUGGUCAAGCCAGAUCGGAUUAAAUCUGGCUUGCUCUAUGAGAUCUGCGAUGGAUCCGCGGUCGAUUUUGUUCGUUCCUCGAGCCACCAGGCCUUGAUCGAAGACAAGACACUCCAGAUUGGAUCCAGCUGGAUGAGGAGUCUUGUCAACUUGCAACAAGAGGCUGUCUCAAGGAUCGUUUAGAGCGGAAACCCCCAUUUUUUGAACAUAUUCAUUGUUCACGAAUAAACGCAGCGAGAAUGAUGAUA